AUGGCCAACGAAAUCAAGCUCCUCAGUGGUAGCAGCCACCCCGAUCUGAGCGCUCAUGUCGCAAGCCGACUCGGCAUCGAAAUUGCACGUACCGUUUCCCAGAACUUUUCCAACCAGGAAACCUCGGUGACGAUUGGCGAGUCGAUCCGCGAUGAGGACGUCUACAUCCUUCAGUCGACCGCCACAGGCGACGUCAACGAAGGCCUCAUGGAGAUGCUCAUCAUGAUCCACGCCUGCAGGACAGCCAGCGCCCGCCGCAUCACCGCCGUCAUUCCCUGCUACCCGUACGCCAGGCAGGACAAGAAGGACCGCUCACGAGCCCCCAUCUCGGCCCGCCUCAUUGCCAACAUGCUGCAGACAGCCGGCGCCAACCACAUCAUCACCAUGGACCUGCACGCCUCCCAGAUCCAGGGCUUCUUUUCGGUGCCGUGCGACAAUCUCUACGCCGAGCCCUCAGUCCUGCGAUGGAUCCGUGAAAACCGCAACCUCGACGACGUCGUCAUUGUGUCACCAGACGCUGGAGGCGCCAAGCGUGCCACGUCCAUCGCCGACAGGCUCAAGGUCAGCUUCGCACUCAUCCACAAAGAGCGCCCACGCCCCAACGUCGUCGGCAGAAUGGUCCUCAUCGGCGAGGUCGCCGACAAGGUUGCCAUUCUCGUCGAUGACAUGGCCGACACGUGUGGCACCCUCGACAAGGCCGCGAGUAUUAUUCGGGAGCACAAGGCCAAGGAGGUCCUCGCCAUUGCUACACGUAAGCCCUCGAACCCCACGCUCAUGAUCGCCCGGGGGGACCAUGCCGUCCCCGCCCCCUACCCGGCCAUCGACACCAUCAACAACAGCUGCCUCUCUCGCCUCGUCGUUACCAACACGGUGCCCCUAGGUGACAAGGUCGAGCGCUGCCCAAAGCUGCAGGUCAUUGACAUCAGCGGCACCCUCGCCGAGGCCAUAAGACGUACGCACAACGGCGAGUCCGUCUCGUACCUCUUCACGCAUGUCCCCGUGUAA